AUGUCGUCGAGAACGGGACCACGCGGCACGUCUGUCUCUACGAGCCAGAGGAAACACAGGUCAAGAUCAACUCCCAGGUAUGACCUGGAAAAGAAGCCAAAGAAGAAGGACUUGAAGACCACUGGGACGACCAGCCUGGUGUCCAUCCCCAACAGCAUUAAACUCACAAUGCUUAACAGCGGUCUUAUAUCAUUUGAGCGAGUGACGUUUAAACCUGAAACUGACGAGAAUGGAUCGAUAUCGGAGACUAUCCCCGACCGGCCUGUGGAGCUGAAAAACUUCCCCAAGCUCUGCGAACAGAGGAGGAAAUUCCCUGUGCUAUACAAACUUGAGUUUCAGACAGCCAUCAAGGUGGAGACACACGCAUGCCGCCACGCCCAAAAAAAGACCAAUUCACACAAAAACCAGAACCAAAAAGUUACUCCCUACGAUUACAAUAGAGUGGUUCUACAGACAGUCGAUAGAGAACCCGAUUCUGAUUACAUAAACGCUUCCUACAUAGAUAGUAUUUUAAAACCUAACGCAUACAUAGUGACUCAGGGGCCAACAGAGGAGACAGUGGUGUCAUUCUGGCGAAUGAUCUGGCAGGAAAGAGCUGCCGCUAUAGUCAUGUUAACUAAGACAUUCGAUUUUAUCAAAGUAAUGUGCGUUCAGUACUGGCCUCCUAGUAAGGACAAGGAUGAAACUUACGGCGAGAUAAGUGUAGGGAUAGUUCAAGAAGAGGAACUAGCAAAUUUCCACAUACGGACUUUCCGAUUAUACAAGAUGGAGAAAGAUGUAGUGGUAGAAGAAAGGUUCAUUCUUCAGUUCCAUUACACGCAAUGGCAUUCCCAUACAUGUCCAUUCAGCAAUGCCUUGCUGGAGUUCAGACGUCGUGUACGAGCGGUGGUUGGGAGAAGACUCGCUACUAAUAAUGUCACAGGACCUAUGGUUGUCCACUGCAAUGAUGGAGGUGGACGGUCUGGUGUGUACUUAGCUAUUGACGCGAAUUUAGAAUUAGCUGAAGAAGAAGACUGCUUUGAUGUUUUCGGAUAUUUGAAAAAAUUGAGACAAUCAAGAAAAGGCCUUAUAGAGAAUGAAGAGCAAUACAAAUUCGUGUAUGACACGUUAGAGGAGCAUGUAGUCUGUGGCGUAUCUUGGUUUCCUGUCUCGGAACUGUCACAAAGACUGAAACAGAAGUCCCAAAGGGAUCCUGUGACGAAGUUAAAUGAAUAUCAAAAGGAAUAUCAGCAGAUUUGCAAACAAACGCCCAGAUUUACCAUUGGGGACUGCGCGGGGGGACACAGAGGGGAUAACAGAGAAAAAAAUAGAGACGUCCUUGUUGUGCCGCCGGACAAUUUUCGUCCAUAUCUAACAUCCUUUCAAGGGAAUAGUUUCACUGAUUACAUUAACGCUGUAUUCGUUGACGGUUACACAAAACCUCGUGAAUACAUUGUGACAGAGUGGCCCUUAAUACGGACGCAAGGAGAAUUUUGGUCUCUAGUUUAUGAUUAUGAAUGUGCCGCUGUUGUCGUACUUUGUGUUCCACCUAAGAACUCUCAACAAUAUCCGCCAUUUUGGCCUGAAGGACGCCACUCUAAGAAAUACGGACCUGUCUUUACAAUAGAUCAUGUUUCUCACAAUCAUUAUACUAACAUCAAGACGUGGAUAUUCAGAAUUAACAAGAAAAUUGUAUCUCUGACGGAAUUGAUGGCCGGAUUGAAAGCUCCUCCGAAAACAGUACAACUGUUCCAAUUGACGUGUUGGCCGAUGGGUCAUAAAGUGCCUUCGUCCACUAACUCACUAGUUGAACUUAUGAAUAUGGUCGAGCGGUGGCGACAACGUACCGAUUAUGGGCCUGUUUGCGUUGUUUCACCGGAUGGUCGUAGUCGUGCAGGGGUGUAUUGCGCCGCUAACGCCUGCAUAGAACAAGUUAUUCAACAUGGAGAAGUUGACGUAUUUCAGGCUGUGAAAACAGUUCGACGACAUCGACCUCAACUGGUAGAAAACAUGACUGAAUACAAAUACUGCUAUGAUUUAGACGAACUCUGGUUCAUCGAAUUCGGUCGCGGUGCUGCUCUACCUACAACGCCGGAGGAGACCAGCCCCACUGCGGUGCGAGACGCCAGGCGCCGCCCGCUGCGACCGCAACGCGGUCUCUCGCUCGACCGCCUAAUGCCGAAAACAACACGCCCGCCGCUGCCGCACGCUGUUACUCUGGAAGCACCGCGUCGGCCGCGACGGGACCGGCCGCCUCUUCGACGUUCCAUCCGUCUCGAAGAUGACGAAGGAGCGGCCGAAGAACGCCGUCGUGUGUUCGGCCAUGGACCCCGCGUACCGUCAUUUGAUGAAGGUGACGCGAGUGACGAACACGAAGAGUGCGAAUGCCAACGUUCGUUGGAGCGCUCUGGGCCAUCCGCCGAAACACCCGACGAAGAACGAUACGAACCAGAGUUCGCCACCUCCCCGCCAGCUGAACCGAUUCAUGUAAAAAGAAAUUCGCACGCUCGCGGUGCAUCUGCGGACCGAGUUCUUGAUAGACGUGAACCUCCGCUUACUCUCCGCGUGCCUUCUCGCGCUCACUCUCAGGGUGUUUUUGAGAGACGUUUACCUCGAAUUUAUAAAUUAGGUCUGAUGGACAAGUCAAAAAGAGCUAGUUCUAGUGCACUUUACGAACGGGCUGACCGUUCGCCGACUGAAGCUUUUUAUAACGCUACGGGUUCAACACGAUUAAGUUCACAGGAAUUAUUUGAAAAGUUUUGUUCGGAAGAUUUCACAUCCCUAUAUGGGCGGGAGGACGACCGGCGUCGACGUCCGCCACAUUCGAAAUCAACAGGAAGUAGCGGAUCAGAUGUUAGACACGAACGUAUUUGUUGCAGAAGAACACCUUGCGGUUCGCAACCUGCCUUAUCACGCCGCCAAAUUUGUCAAGCAACACGCUCUGAUCGCUCAACAGAUUCAGAAGAAACUUCCCCGCGACGAAGUACAGUAUUGGCUUUAGAAGCAGAAACGCAACAUUCAGAUGAUUGCUCAAGGUCUGCACCUUUGUUGAGUCCAGAUAGAUUUGAGGCAAGAUUCACAUUCGACAUUUCAGAACGCAGUGAGGUUACAUCUAAUAGAGACGAGACUCCAUCUGAUGCAACUGAAACACGAAAUUUGACUCUUUAUGAAGAACCCCAUUCGGAUCGAACAAGCAUCUGUGAGUUAUAUGACGCUGCAUUUACGUCACAUCGGCCGUCUUUCAGACGUGAUAGUUCACGACGACGUGUAGGAGGAUAUUUUGAUUUAAGUACACUCGAUUUCCGUGCUAUUGACGAUGAGAGUCCCCGCACUAGCCGUCGAACGUCCCAUCGCAGUAUCGACGAUACUAUUCGACAAAAUUCAGAGACACGCAGCUGGGCAUCAGAUUCUGUAUUCACCACACCCGAGCGUCGCCGACCCGAUGCCUCCCCUUCUUCUACUGAUACACAGCGCUAUCUUACAGCACAGGGUGAUUCAAUCAGACCAGAUUCGGCUGCGGCAGAUUCCACAUUUGCGGAAACAACUUUGGCCGAUGAACCUCCAAGUGUAAUAGAACGUGCAGAAUACAAUUUAGCGUUAAGAUUAGGUCGAAUAGACUUGGAUGACUCAGAAAAAUCUCCGAAACCCUUAGCAGAGAGUGCGAGGAUUUCAAGUCGCCCAUCGAUGCACAAAUUAGAGCCUAUAGAAGUCGAGCGACUCUGCGGUGGAGGUGGAGGUGAAAGUGAAUCGAACAUUGAUGUGAAAACCAACGUAGUGGCGGGGGCGCGUCGUCGUCGCGGUGCGAGCGAACCGCGGCGCGCGGCGCGCUGCUUCCCGCUCUGA